AUAAUAUAUAAUCAACACAUUAAUGGAAGUGUGAUUAAUGCGAUUAAUUUCAACUCAAUGGAAGAAGAGAGCAAGCACUUCGUGUUGGUUCACGGCGCGUGCCACGGCGCGUGGUGCUGGUACAAGGUGGCGACGAAGCUGAGAGCGGAGGGCCACCGCGUCACCGCCCUCGACAUGGCGGCCUCCGGAGCCGAUCCGAAGCGCGUGGAGGAGCUGAGCUCCGUCUCCGACUACUGCCGCCCCCUCAUAGACUUCAUGGCGGCUCUCCCGCCGCAGGAGACGGUGAUUCUGGUGGGCCACAGCUUGGGCGGCGUCUGCUUAUCCCUUGCCAUGGAAAACUUCCCUCACAAAAUUUAUGUUGCGGUUUUCGUCACCGCCAUGAUGCCUGGCCCCGACCUCACUCACUCGGCUCUUAUUGCGCAGUAUGACAUGGAUUCUUACAUGGACUCCCUUUUUUACUUCAACAACGGCAACGACAAACCGCCGACGUCGAUGAUGCUCGGCCCCAAGCUCUUGGCCACGCAGCUCUACCAGCACUCUCCCCCUGAGGAUUUGAGUCUUGCAACCAUGUUGAUGAGGCCGGUAGGCCUCUACGAUGAAUCGGAUAGGGCGAAAGCAACAACUCUGUCGAAACAAAACUACGGCUCCGUUCGCCGCGUGUUCGUGGUGUGUGAGCAAGAUCAUGUGCUGAAGAAGGGGUUCCAGGAGUGGAUGAUUGAGAACAAUCCAGCUGAUGAAGUGAAGAUCAUUUCUGGGGCAGAUCACAUGCCCAUGUUCUCCAAAACCCAUGAAUUAUGUGCCCAUCUGCAUGACAUAGCUCUCAAAUAUUGUUCUUGAUCACUAUAUAGUUGGAAUUGGUCUUGAUCAGUUGUUAUGUAUGUGCAGAUUUUAAUUUGUGUGA